UGUGUGUGUGUGAGAGAGAGAGAGAGAGAGAGAGACAGACAGAGAGACAGAGAGAGAGAAGUGUGUGAGAAAGCAGCGCGCCGCCACAGAGUUGGAUUUAAGGCGUUUCCUUCUCCAAUCCUAAAGCUUAAAUUACGCGUCAGCAUGGCUCACAUGGCUCUCUGAGGUGAACCGAGCGUGCACGGUGUCUGACCGAUUCCCCUGUAAACCUCACUGACAGUCACGUGACUCGGAGCUCGGUUUCUGCGCGGAUGCGAACCAGAACCGCGGAGCCGCUGAGAGACGGAAACAGAAAUACCGAGGGACGCGAUCUGUCCGUCCUGCCGUCCGCUGGGAUGGAGGAACCGCAGCCGCAGCAGUUUAACCGCGAGGAGAUCAACGGCACUGUGUGGGAAGUUCCGGUAAAAUAUGUGCGAUUGAAGCAGAUCGGAACCGGAGCCUACGGAACCGUGUGCUCAGCUAUCAACGACCUAACCAAGGAGAAAGUCGCCAUCAAGAAGCUUCACAGGCCCUUCCAGUCAGAGAUCUUUGCGAAGAGAGCCUAUCGAGAGCUCCGGCUGCUGAAACACAUGAAGCAUGAAAACGUGAUUGGACUGCUGAAUGUGUUUUCACCUGCCACCCGACUGGAAUCCUUUCAGGACUUCUACCUGGUGAUGCCGUACAUGUUCACAGAUCUGUCCAAAGUGCGAGGUUUGCUCUCAGAAGACCGUGUGCAGUUCCUGGUCUACCAGAUGCUCUGUGGACUGAAGUACAUUCACAGUGCUGGCAUCAUUCACAGGGAUCUAAAACCAGGCAACUUGGCAGUGAAUCAAGACUGCGAGCUGAAGAUCUUGGACUUCGGCCUGGCAAGGCAUGCAGACCAAGAGAUGACUGGUUAUGUUGUGACAAGGUGGUACAGAGCGCCUGAGGUUAUUUUAAAUUGGAUGCACUACAACCAGACAGUGGACAUCUGGUCAGUUGGGUGCAUAAUGGGAGAAAUGUUCAACGGAAAGACACUGUUCAAAGGAAAAGACUACAUGGACCAGCUGGUUCAAAUCAUGAAGGUAACAGGGACACCUGGCCCAGAAUUCAUUGAGAAACUAGAAAGCCAGGAGGCAAAGAAUUAUAUCAAAUCGCUCCCCUUUUAUCCUCGGAAAAAUUUCUCUACACUGUUUCCCAGGGCCAGCGAACAAGCUGUGGACCUGCUGGAGAAGAUGCUGGUGUUAGACACUGAUACACGCCUUACUGCCGAUGGUGCACUGGCUCACGGUUACUUUGAUGGCCUGAGGGAUCCAGACGACUGUCCUGAGCCUAAGCCAUAUGAUGACAGUUAUGACAAUGCCACACUGCCCCUAGAGGAGUGGAAGAGAUUGUCUUUCAAAGAACUGAAGAGUUUCGUUCCCUUUCCAAGAAGAGACUCGAAGAGGAGGAACACGCUUACGAUGUCUUAGUGAUGUUGCAGCCACACCUUUAUGCAGAGGAUUGGCGCAAAGGAAUAGGGUGGACAAAUGUUUACACAUAAAUCUAUUACAAGUCAUGACAAUCCAUGAUGGGUCAGUGAUGAAUGUCUCUUUGUCGUGUACCUGAUUAGUGGGCUUUAGGAUGUACUGCUGUUACAGUAGUGAUUGCCUUUCAUUUGUUGCCUUUAAUCUUUUGUUUUAGGUUAAAAAUUAUAUAUAUAUAUAUAUAUAUAUAUAUAUAUAUAUAUAUAUAUAUAUAUAUAUAUAUAUAUAUAUAUAUAUGGAUGGGAAAAUGUUAUUCUUUGGAUAUUACUUGGAUUCUUUGAUUCUGACCUGUCAAAUUUUCGCUUUUUGUUCUCAGGAUACAAAAAUAAAUAAAUCUAGAUACUAUAGGCCUAGAUAGUAUAUAUCAAAAAGUGUACAGUUUUUCACUAUUAAGGUCUCUAUAUGUUAUUUGUAAGAUUGUGUAGAGCUAAUUAAAUUAGCGUAUAUUAUAAAUAAGCAUAUAUUGUAAAAUAUACCACAGCACUGUGUAUCAAAACCAGCUCAAUGACUCUCUUGUGACACUGCUGUUGGUGAAAAAGUUAAGGGAGUAAACUAAAAGAUUAAAUUGGAUAAUAGAAAAGCAGAGUAAUUGUAAUUGCCUAUAAAAUCGGCAGUGGGUAUGUCCGGAUCCUCCCCAGCUCUUGACCAGAGGACACCGGUGCAAAUAUGACUGAUUGCUCACGCCAUCGAAGGAUUUUUGGACCACUUGGAGGGACCGUGGUGUGUGAUACGGGGUCUGUUCUGUUAAGUUGAAAUGUACUUUUAAGUGACGACAAUCGACGCAGCGGGUAUACGCAGAACGUUUUCGUUCCUCCAAACCUUACACCUUUGUGAUGUUCUCUUUAUCGAGCGAAGUUGCCAGGGUGUGUUAUGAAACGAUUUGUGAAUGUGGUUUAUGGUGCACAGCUUUGUAAGAUGUGUUUGACGAUGAUAAUGAGCCUCGUACAUGUUAUGUAAAUCAGCGAUGUAGUAUAACGAUGACAUUUUUAAAUAAACACCUUAAUUACAAAA